UCUUCCUCCGCUCCCCCAGCUCUCUUUCUCUCUCUCUCUCUCACACACACAGCCAUUCACGAUUCUUUCUACCUCUUCCACUCCUCACUCAUCCAUGGCUACAGCAGAGGAGAGAAACGCCGCAGAGGAGAGCAACGCCGCAUCCAAUCCAACAUAUGAUGAGAUGGUUCUGGCUGCAAUCACGGCGCUCGGAGAGAAGGAGGGAUCGAACAAGUCGGCUAUUACCAAAUACAUCGAGACAACCUAUGCCGGCACGUUGCGCGAGGGCUACACCGAGGAGAUCUCGGAGGCGCUGAAGAGUUUGAAGGAGAGAGGUGAGCUGUUAUUUGCAAAUGAACUUUAUAUAAAACUCGAACCGAACUCGGCGGCGCGCAGGGGACGGGGCCGACCAAGAAAGUCCGAGCGGACGGUACCGCCUGGAGCGCUGCCACCGACUCCGCGGCCCCGUGGACGGCCGCCGAAGAAGAAAUAUCCCCAAUCAAACGCAGUAAAUGCCGCCGAUGGAAUCCCGCGCCGCCGUGGCCGGCCGCCGAAGCCGAAGGAUUCCCAAUCAAACGAAGUAAAGGCCGCCGUCGGAGGUAUCCCCCGCCGCCGAGGCCGGCCUCCGAAGCCGAAGGAUUCUAAUGCAGCCGCAGUGAAGGCCGUUGGAGGAACCCCCCGAAGCCGUGGCCGCCCUCCGAAGCCGAAGGAUUCUAAUGCUGCCUCAGUGAAGACCGUCGCAGGAACUCACCGCAGCCGUGGCCGGCCGCCGAAGCGGAGGGAUUCUAAUGCCGCCGCAGUGAGUUCCAUCGGGGGAACUCCCCGCAGCCGUGGCCGGCCGCCCAAGCCGAAAGUUUCUAAUGCCGCCGCAGUGAAUACCCUUGGAGGAACACCCCGCAGCCGUGGCCGGCCUCCGAAGCGGAGGGAUACUAAUGCAACCGCAGUGCAGAUCGUCGGAGGAGCUCCCCGCAGCCGUGGCCGUCCGCCGAAGCGGAAGUAUUCUAAUACAGCCGCAGUGAAGACCCUUGGAGGAACUCCCCGCAGCCGUGGCCGGCCUCCGAAGAGGCAUCGGCCCGUGGUCUCUAGCGCUUCUACGGUUGUGGAGAAAGGCAAUGCGACCGCGACGGCAACGGCAGUAUCCGGGGUGAAGCGGAGGAGAGGUAGGCCUCCGAAGCUGAAGCCGACUAUAGCAGAAGAUUGAUUUUGAUUGAUGGGGGAUUACGGUUUGCGUGAUUUGUCAAUGAAACCCGACUCACUUGUUCUUCAUUCUGAUUUGGCGGAAGUGCGUAUGCCAUUAUGUAAGUGCUUUAGGAUUCUGUUGCAUCAAAGUUUAGGGUUUUGGCGCACAAGAUGCGUUUUUUUUACUGAAGCUGACCGAUUUGAUCACAGUGUGAAUUCUCUCUUCUUCGCUUGUUCAAAGCAUCUUACUUUUGUGACUGCCA